AAUGUUCUGUUAUAAAAAUCUGUAACAGUUGCAGUUAAUCACGAAAGAUCCAAAUGUCCAGUUUUGCUUCUAGUAAUGUAUCAUAAAAUAUAAGUAUAAUAAAUAUCUGCUCUACGAACAUAAUUGCUAACGAUUACGUGCUAAUUAACUGAACAGGAACCAACAUUUGAUUGAUAUAUCCUGAAUGAAUUUAUAGAUAGUACCUACAUCCGGUUUUUGAGAAUACCAAUUGACUCGUUAUUAUAUAAUGCACACUACAUUUUAACAUGAUUGCAGACUAUCAUCGAAAUCUUAAACAUUUAUUUUUAUCUGAUAAGAAAAAUAAUUGUUCGAUAGUUGAAAAUGCGGUUUUAAUAGAUUAUAAGCACUGUAUAACAUAUACCUUAUGAAAAUUUUUAUGUUUGUAUUGUUCAUCUGUGUGUUCUCCUCUACAAACGCGAGAAAUAACUGUCGUAAGGAAAUAAGAAAGUUAAGUUAUAAUAAAAUAAUCAGUUGUCACAGAUCUACCCUACCCGUUAUUUUCUGGGGUAACGCGAACGAUCUUAAAGACUGCGAGAACUACGCCAGACAAAAAAGUGGAUUAGGUUUUAAUUUUAGUCCUCCAGAAGUUAGAAACUUGAAUACAGGAUAUACGUUCACUUGCCAGGUAUUAGGAUGUCCAGAAAUUGCUAAAAGUUCCACUUUGAUUGAAGAUGUGGGUUUUGAUUAUUACAGUGCUUAUGGAAACUGGAAAUCUACUGAAAACGCAACCUGCAUUAGCAGUGUUGGUCUCUUUAGUCUUUUAACGGACGUCAACAAUUACACAAAAUCAAUCGACUCUUGCCAAAAGAUAGGUGCCGAAAUAGCUGAUGUUACGUCAGAACUAAGAACCAAAGAGUUAUCCCGUAUAGUUAAUGAUACACUUAAUAGCUGGUAUAAAACAGCCUACGUUGGAUUGGACGAUAUAAAACAAGAAGGACAUUUUGUGACUUCGUUUGGUAUGAUGUUGAGUUGUUCAACAUUCAGAGCUUGGGCUCCUGGACAUCCGAUUUUUGAUACAAUUAAUCACGAUUGUGUUGUAUUAGAUGAUAUCAAAUUUUGGAGAGUUGUGGAUUGUAGAAGAAAAUUUGCAGUAUUAUGUGAAUUUUUUCCCGAAAAACCACAGCAAAAAGAUCUAGAUAUUUGUAAUAAAAUAACUCAAAAAGCAAAAAGGCGCAAAUGUUUGAAGCAGCAAAAACAUAUGGCAAACACGAUGAAAAAUUUAACCAGAGCUGAACAGUGUGCUAUCCAAAAUGCAUUUUACGAUACAGAUACUGAAAACAAUAAUAUAUAGAAGAAAAAAGAAAAGUUGAUUGAGAUGAUUAUACAAAAUAAAAUGUUACAAGUAUAUUAAAGCUAUAUUUAUGUUAUUUAAUAAAAAAUAAGCACAC